AUGACUAUGUUUGUUAUUGAACAGAGACCAAGAUGCUUCCCCCUGGCUCUGAUCAUAGACAGCAUCAUUCCGCCGCAUACGGAAUCUGUGCCAGAGUUCCUUACUAAUCUCAUAUUGUCAGAUCUUUACAAUUUUCCUGGUGAAUAUGUGCCCAUGAAUCCAGAGACUUAUAGCGCGAUGAGAGCGGGGAACAUAGAUUUUUGGGACAAGAUGAGAAGCUAUGGAACACCAUUGGCAUGCCUCAAGAAUGAUAAAGGAGAUUCCAUUCUUCACCUUGCUGCUGCUUUCGGACAUCUUGACCUAGUGAAGAGCAUAAUCUCGGAAUGCCCAUCUCUUCUUUUGGAGUCAAACUGGAAGGAUCAGAUUCCGCUACAUGCUGCUGCUCAUGCUGGUCGUCUAGCUGUUGUUAAGACUCUUGUUGCGUCGAUAACAUAUUUUUCACUUGAAGAAGAGAGGGAGAGACUUAAUGUAUAUGUUCUUAAGGACAUAGAUGGAAAUACUCCUCUGCACACAGCAUUGAAGGGGGGUCACCUAGAGACCGCUCUCUGCCUCGUAAAUGCAAACCAGCUUGCAUCAUUUCUUCAGAAUAACGCAAGAAUAUCUCCCUUGUAUAUGGCUGUAGAAGCUGGAGGUCUAGCGUUAGUGAAGGCAAUGUUGAACGGUCUUGGUAGGAACGUCCAAGGCCAAGUUUCUAAUUUAGCCUCAAAGUUAGAGGGGAAAAAAUCGCUUGUACACGCAGCUCUAAAGGCAAAGAAUACAGAUAUCAUUAAUGUUAUUCUUAAUGAAGAUCCAAGUCUUGGGAAUGAGAAAGAUGAAGAAGAACGAACGUGUCUUUCGUUUGGAGCAUAUGUAGGUUAUCGUAAAGGAGUAUGCAACCUGUUAGACCGAUCAACGUCAGGCGUCUUUGAAUGCAGUGAUGACGUAUCCUUCCCAAUCCAUACAGCGGUAGAGAAAGGUCAUGUCGAUGUUGUAAAAGAGAUUUUAAAACGUUGUCCAGAUUCCAUAGAGCUGCUGAACAAAAAAGGUCAAAACAUUCUUCACGUUGCAGCAAAGAGUGGAAAAUGUAGAUCUUUGCUUAAGCAUAUGAAGAGACUUGAUGGGGAGAAGAGUCAUCUGAUUGAGGAGCAAGAUGAGGAUGGGAAUACACCUUUGCAUCUAGCCACCAUAAAUUGGCGUCCUCGAAUGGUUAGGGAGCUUACUAAGUUUUCGUCAAACGCUACCGGAAUCUUAAAGAUACAAAACAAAGAUGGCUUGAGAGCACUUGAUAUUGCAGAGUUAAAUCUACAAUCCAACUACAUCUUCAAGGAGAGAAUGACUUUGAUGGUCUUGUUAUCCACUUACAAACCAAAAGGUUUUGGAAGGAUUCCCACAAGUGGAAUGACAUUAAGAAGUAGAUCAGAGAUUAUAGAUACUAACAACUACAAAGACCGUGUCAACGCCCUUCUAGUGGUGGCAACUCUUAUAGCUACAGUAACAUUUGCUGCAGGUAUUACAGUACCCGGAGGCUUUAACAACUCGGGCAUGGCCAUUUUGGCCAAAAACUCAGUUACUUUCGUCUGCUUUGUGGUAUUAGACAUUUUGGCAAUGCUGAGCUCUGUUAUAGCAAUAGUUGCCCUUAUUUGGGCUCAGAUGGGAGAUCCAGAACUCAUUCACAAAGCCUUUCGAUUGGCCUUGCCAUCGCUGUCUUUGGCUUUAUCCUCCAUGUCGUUCGCAUUCCUUAAUGGCGUGCUAGUUACAACAAGUCCCAAAUCUUUUCUUUCUUUCUUCAUCAAAAUUAUACAAAUUCCCCUAGCUAUUUUGCUUUUUUAUCUCCUUGCCCCUUAUGUUGGGCCAGAGAUUGAUUGCCCUUUAGCUAGGUCAGCGAAUAUAUGUCUAAGGAUUCUAUUGCGGUUUGUUGAUGAAGACAAUGCUGAAACAUAUCACAACUCUGGCUCUGGUCAAACCCGUGGUGUGUGA